AUGUUUGCGCUCGUUCGCUUCCCAAAUGAGUUCAGAGACAAGGUGUAUGUUGUUUCUACACGCAACAUAAAAGAAUUUGACCCAUCCGACGACACCGACUUCGACCCUUCGGCUGUGUACCAAGCCUUCUGGGACGACCCCGAGCAUGAAAACUCUGGCUACUACUCGGCCCAAAUCUUAAUGAUGGCAGAAAGCGAAGAAGGCCUCCAACAAAAAAGAUCUGCAAAGCGUGUCCGGAAGGCACGGAUUUACGCUUCGGAUUAUGAGGCUGAAGAGGCCAUUGACGAGCCUGUGACCUCCCAAGCAGCACAACGAAAAGAGAGACAGGAGAAGAAGACACAGAAGGAGAACCGGCAGAGCGCGAAAGACAGCGCCUACGCCGAUAUCUUGAAGAAGCAGCUGGAGAGCUUGAAAAAAAAAGUCCCAAAGAAGAGGAGGCAAAAGGUUGCUAGUUCUGACACUGAGACGGAUGACAGCAUAAUGGCUGUGUCAUCAUCACAGCUGAAGCUGAAAAACCAGGAAAUCAAACACUGGCGUCAACGAUAUGAAGAAAAGAGCAGGGAGAAUGCAAGGCUGCAGAAAGUCAUAGAGUCGUUGCAAAAUGGCAUGGAUGGCAAACUUGACUCAAUGCUGAAGCUUCUAGAGAGACAGGGACGAGCCCAGCAGCUAAAUCCCCUCAAGCUAAGCCCAGAUCACACGUCAGCAGCUAGUUGGAUGGAAGAUGCACAUCCAAGUCCUUCAUGGGAUGAACCCACUGCCCCUGUUUCAGAUGUCACCGUGGGAUUUGGUGCCCCCGUUGCCGUUUCGACAGCUUCAGCCACGGGUUCUAAUGGGGUGGCCAAAAGCAAGACGAAAACGUCAAGUUGGCUGUCUUCCGCUGACAGUGGCCGCCAGCGACAACCCCAGUCUACUGAUGUUGUCGCUGAUUACAACGGGCCAAAGAAUGCUCCACCGUUCAGCACCUUGGAAAAUGGCAGAUUCCAUCUCAAAGGAGGAGUUACCAUCUCCGAAACUCAAAGGAAAACUAUUUAUGCAAACAAAAAGGCAGCAAAGACGGCUAAAGACACCGCACAAGCUCUCUGGGGCUCGAAAAAGCUCAAUGAAAGAACCUAUGGGGGAAGGCUGGCCCCGAAGGACCGCAAAAAUCUGGAUGCUACUGCUCGCAAAGAGCUCACCCCAGAAAAGGUCUCCCUUGUCUUUGAAACGUUGGCACACUGGGGUCGGACAGAGAACGUAGACAUCACAAGUACAGUUGCAAACAUGAAUACUGUAUUGUCAGAAAAAAUACAAGACACCCGAAAAGCUUUCAAGCGCAGGGCCCUUCUGCAGUAGUGUAAGACGGCAUCUGGAGCUAGGAAAUAAACUAUAUUUCACUACUGCC